UAAUACUGUUGGCUAUCCAGUCAAAAUGCAGCGCUCGGAGGAAGAAAGAUUUUACAUGACAUGCAGGGCUGCUUAUCUUUCUGUACUUAGAUCCAGUUUGGUAAACAUGACUUCAAAAGAGCAGCUGUGCACAGUUCUUCAGCAAGCAGGUAGAAAUCCAUCUCAGAAGGCUUUGGACAAAUAUUGGCCCCCUGGAACUAAGAAGCUGAAUUUUGAUGACUUUUGUGAGAUACUCAAGCAAGAAAAACCAGCUGAGUCAGACCAGCUUAUGAGAAUUUUUAAGAAAUUUGAUAUAAAUUGUGAUGGAUACAUCUCACAUGAUGAGCUCAGCAAAGUUCUUACUUCAAUGGGAGAAAAAAUGUCACCUAAGGAAGUGGAUGAAAUCUUUUCUCUAGCAGAUGUUAACAAAGACGGAAAGUUAGACUAUGCAGAGUUCUGCAGGCUUCUUGAGUCUACAGUAGAGCAGAAUCAGACUGCAGCAUUGGAAAAGCUUGAAGCUGAUGCCAGACUGAAGAGGCAGAACUUUGGCAACCAGAUGGACAGCUCUCCACAGAGCUUAGAGUCCCAACCAGCCCCAGAGAUACAGCCCAGAACACAGCCGGACAUCACACAGAGGAAAGAUAAUCGAGAAUCGAAUCGAAGUCCAUCAGCUCGCAGUCGCAGGUCAUCUCUAUCCACUAACAUCACUAUGGGUACUGGCAGUAGCAAGACAAGCAGACUUGGAGAUCCCAAAUCUCUGCAGAAUUGGCAUCAUACACUUAUGAAAGGCUGUUUUUAUUUGGAAGAAGAUGGAACGAUAGUUUCCCUCCAGUAUCGCUUGCAUAUCCCAAAGACAACCAAUGUUCACCUGACCAUACAGCCCCUUAACCUAAGCCAGAUUCCUGAGAAGCUUUCCACAUGGAUGUGUGUGGACACAGCUCUGUAUGUGGUGACGGGGAACGAGACCAAAGAAGAUUCAACCUUAGUUUGCUUUACUGAAUUGAGAGAUAAGGAGAGGUUUGUGUGGAGGGGAGAGCUCAAUGCCGGCUCAUAUCUCCUCCUGCCAUUUACCACUGGUUGCAGACUAAUGAAGAGGACAAGGAAGACCACCAAUAAAACCGCUCAGCUAGUCAGCCGUACCCUGUCUGGAGAGCUGGAACUAACCAAAGAGUUCAAGGUGGCAUUGUCUGACAUCUUUGAUGUGAUAGAUUUGGAUGGAAAUGGUCUGUUGAGCCUUGCGGAGUAUAACUUCUUUGAGCAGAGGACCAGUGGAGAGAAAUGUGAUGAGGAGGCCUGGGCCAUCUGCAAAGAGAACUUUGAUACAAAGAAAAAUGAGUUAACAAGACAAGGCUUCCUGGAGCUCAAUCUGAUGGAAGCAAAUGAUCGUGAGGGUGACCCCAGGGAUUUGUGGCUCACCCUGGAGGCCAUGGGUUAUAACGGCAGCUUAGAAAUGGUGGAGGCCUGCCCGUUUGUCAUUGAAGUCUACUGUGAAGAUGCCAAAGCAACUCUACAGCCAGUUCAUCUGGCUUCUGGGAUUAAAAUGUUGAAUUCAGCUGUACAGAGGUCUAUCACUUCCAAAGCAGAGGCCAAAUCUCUUAAGGGCCAUGACAGCGUCUUGGUUUAUACGUACAAAGGAGAGAGCAGAAUUUCAUCAGUCAUAGCUAAUAAGUCCAAUCAGAAGGUGACAGUGCACAUAAACAACGAGCAGAGUAAGAACUGUGUGAGCAGCAGGGGCAUGAGUGUAUUCGCCGUGGAGGUUCCUGGCAGGACUAAAAUGGUGUGUCAACAUGUCUUGCCGAUAACUGAUCAACAGGAGUGGACCUACAGCUGCGUUGAAAGCAUCAUACCAAGUCUGUAAAUGCAGCAGUUACUUUGAGAUUUCUUUCGAAUGAAGUCACAAAUAAUGUAUAGUGGAUGUAAAAUAAAUUCAAUCGUUUUGCUAGUUAAGUGUUCACAAAUUAUGUGUACAAUUAAAGGAUUAGUCCAUUUUCUUAAAAAAAAAAAAAAAAACAGAAAAUUUACUCA